AUGCACGCGAUGCAUGACCCGAUCUGUGCUCGUACGUACAAAGAGGAGAAAGAAAGCAGACAAAGGAGGAGUGUCGGGGAGGAGGUGGGAGACAAGAAUAGGCAGCAAGAGCUGAAAGCUGAAGCAAGCGGGAGUGAAGUCACACCGCGAAAAGUGGAGAACAGAGCGUCGGUAGUGGCAGCGGCAGUGGGUCAAAGGAGUAAGCCCGGAAAAAGCAGGCGGCAAGUUGGAUCUCACUCACCGAGGGAGCACAAGAUACCAGGCGAUAGGGGGAGGAGAAAGGGGGGCCAUCAGGUACAUACCUCCACUGAAUGCAUAUGUCUGAGGCAGUGUCCCCUUACCCAUUCAGGCUAAGUUGCGUGAGAAAUCACGAGAGAUCACCGCAAUCAGUGCUGGGAGGCAUG